UGGGGAGGUGCCCACGGUGGGGACACAGGUUCCAGGCAGACACACAGGUCAUGUUAGCCUCUCUGGGCUUUAAAUAUUUCAUCAGAAUUGACAGAUGCAACCCAAAGGAGUGUUUUGGAGCUGAAGCUUGCUGGGACAUGCAGGGAGUUGUGACAUAUCCCGAGUUCUCUCCUGUGGUCAGAGGGGGUAGCUCUGCCUGUGGUAUGGAAGCUGGUCUGGAUGAACCACCAGAGACCUGCUCCCUGCUUGCCCUCACCUAUGCAGGUGAAAGGGAAGCUGCUCAUGAGGGGAGGCUGGAAAAAAAAGGCUGUCCCAGCAACCUGGGGACAUGAGCAAGAUAGCACAUGGGCCUGGUACGGAGAUAAGGCUUGGGCUGGGAAAACUGAAACUGAACUGUGUGACAGCGAGGGGAAGGUUUGCAGUGCUCAGGCACCGCACUGGCCUCCGGGCAGGAGACUCCACCUGAGCAGGAACAGGUGGCCCAGGUGGCAUCUUUAUUGCAUUUCAGAGUGCUGAUGUGCACAGGUGUUGCAAGGAAGUUCGUAGGAAAAGGUGUGCUGGGUGUGCAUGGGGACAUGGCAAACAGCAGGAGCUGUGGUUCAAGGGAAGAACGUGGUGCUGGCGUGUGUCACAGCCUUGCCACGGCACAGGGAGGUGACAUGUGGCUGCAGCAGCAGUGGGUGCCUCUCUGCUGCUCCCAGGCAGGAGCUCUGCACAGAGGGCUCUGUGCCAGGGGGAACUGCCGUGCUCAGCUCAGAGACCCAGCCCUGGCAGAGCUGAGGAUGCCUGGAAGUCCCCUCAAAAGGCAAUAAAGGAGUGAAAAUCCAAUUGCACGUGGAUGUGUGCCCGGCAGACGUGUUCAUGGAAAUACACAUUGCUCUGAUCCCUGUCAGCCUCCCGCGUGUCUCCUUGUGCCGUCACUGCAGCAUUCCAUCCUCUGCGGAGUCUCCCACCGUGCUUCACAGCCCUCUCUCUCCCCGGGGAACAUCAGCCUUUCCUCCGCAGCCUGUGGCACAGCCAGUGUGACCAGGGACAGCCACGGGGUGUCACUUCAAGGAGUGCGUCUGGCCGGGAGCCCUGCCCCGCCUCUGGGCACAGCGUCACCACCGCGUCUUCCUCUGCGCUCCUUAGUUUCCAUUUCCCCGGCAGGAUGGCAUCACCCAUGUCUCAGAAGCUGGAGGAGAAGCUGGUGUGCUCCAUCUGCCUGGAGCUGUUCAGGGUGCCCGUGACUUUACCCUGCGGCCACAACUUCUGCAAGCGCUGCAUCAGCGACCACUGGGACAAGCAAAAGCAGGCGGCCGGCACCGAGGGGAGCUGCAGCUGCCCGGAGUGCCGCAGGGGCUUCGAGCGGUGCCCGGAGCUGAAGAAGAAUGUCACCCUGCACAGCGUGGUGGAGCUGGCCCGGGACAGCGAGGAGCGGGGCUCGGCCGCGGGUCGCUGCGAGGUGGCCCCGGCGGAGCUGUGCCGGCAGCACGGGCGGCCGCUGGAGCUGUACUGCGAGAACGAGCGGCGCUGCAUCUGCUGCAUCUGCACCGUCCGGGACUGCCAGCGGCACCGGCGGGUGCUCUUCGAGGAGGAAAGAGCCAAAAAGCAGACCUUUUUGAAAGAAUCCCUGGAAAAAGCCCAGGAGGAAUCAGAGAGGAUUGAACAGACAAUGAAGGAGCUGGAGUUGCAGACAGAGAGCAUCAAGGACUGCUCUGAGCUCAAAGAUGGGAUUCAGAGCAAAUUCACCCACCUGAAGAAAGCGCUGGAGGAUUUCCAGUGUCAGACAGUGGCCAGGAUUGAGCAAGAGCAGAGGGUGGCACUGGAGCAUGUGGACAAGAACUGGAACCUGUGUAAGGACCGCCUGGAUGUCCUUGGCCAGCACAUGGAGAAGGCUCAGAGCCUGCUGGCCUGCCCUGACCACAGGAGCUUCCUGCAGGAGUUCCCCCUGUUCCCACCUCUGGAGAGCCCAGAGGUGCUGGUCCCCGUGGAGUUUGAUGUGGCUGCUGUGAUCAAGCCCAUCUCUGAGAUCCUCACCAGCAUCUCCAGGCUCCUGCUAGAGGACCUGCCUGCCUGUGUGGCCCCCAAAGCCCCCAACCCUGCUGGCCAAGGCCCAGUGCACCCUCAGGAGCUGGUGGUGAAGGCUGUGGACCCUCUCCCCAAGUGCCAGCUCCGAGCUGAGCUUCUGAAGGGUAAGGAGCACAGGGGGCCUGGAGGGGACAGCACCUCACUGGGGUACCCAGCACAAAGAGAUGCCACCAAGCCAGGCUCCUUCCUGGGAGGAGGGUGGUUGUGGCUGCAGGGACAGGAGCUCCUUCCCUGGUUCUUCCAAUGUGUCUCCCUAAAUGCAGAGAAGGGUGGUCUAGGGUCAGGGUGGAUGGGCUGGGAUGGGAAAGGACCCAUUAGGGGGAUUAGGAGCACCAGGAAUUGCUUUCCCAUGGAACUGAGGCUGUCUGGUAUUGGAUCAGUCACUGCCCUGCAUGGCAUAGCCCCAGUCCAGAGCCCUGCCUGCAGUCAUUGCUCUCUGUCCAGGAAUAUGGCCUCAGCAUUCUUAGCUAUAGUCCUUCACGUCCCCUUUCCUCCCCAGGCCAGCCAUCCCCUGUUGUUAGGAAAUUCCUCUGUGCUCCUCUUCCCACCUCCUCCCUGUUGGGAAGAGGUUUGGGUGAUGUUCAGGCCAUGUUGGUCAUGUCACUCUUGCCAAGGAGUCAAUCGCUGCCUGUAGGAAUUCCUUCCAUCAGGCCCCACGGAACAUUCUUAGGGUUAUUAAUAAGAACCCCCUGUUAUUUAUGGGCAGCAGGCAGGAGCCCAGCCAGCUGCCAGGCCCAGGUGUUGAGGGAGAAAGGUGGGCUGCUGGUGGCCAGGGAAUGCCCACAGCAGGAGCUAUCACAGCCCAUGCAGAGGAGAGUAACUCCCUGCACUACCAUAUUUACUCACUUAACACCUGGUUUUCUCCCCACACUGGUACUUUUUCCUCUUAAAAUCAAGCACAUCCCUUCCAAAAUGGCCACAGAGCCACUGUGCUCACAAUGGCCACUCGGCUGUGAGCUGGGUUGUGCAAGAACUGCAAAACAUUGUGUCUCAGUGCCUCAAGAGCUAUUCCUGAGCUUUUCCAUUCCCUUUAGGGCAGGUGUUGCAUCCUCCCCACUACCCUUCCCCUCCAAACACCCUGUUCUCAUCCAUUUUGGGAGCCAGACCUACAGAAUUUAAACCCCACCACUGCUGGGAGGGCAUAAAGGUCUGAUGAAGCGUUUCAGCCCCAUCUGUCCCCUUGCUUCCCCCAGACCACCGCAACCUGACCUUUGACCCCGAGACAGCCAACAAGUACCUGGAGCUGUCCAAAGGUGCCCGCAAAGCCAAGCACGGUGCUGGCACUGUCCCUGGGCAGGGGCAGGGCCCCCGCUUCGAGCCCUGGCAGGUGCU